GAGCAAAGGUAGUAUUGUUAUUAUUAUUUUAACACAUUUAUUCAUCUUAACCAUGUCCAGAGUUUUUAUUUUGCUGUCCAUCGUUUUGGUCAGUAUUUAUCAAACUGAACAAGCAUAUUUUCUGACCGACGAUUACAUCAAUCAAAUAAAUAAUGAAGCAACGACAUGGAAGGCCGGUAAAAAUUUUCCUUCAAACAUUUCCGUCGAGUACUUUAAGAGCAUGUUGGGAUCCAAAGGAGUAGAAAAAUCGUCAAAUGGUCCGUUGAAAACCGAAGAUCCGAAUUAUAACAACUUCACCAUUCCUGAAACGUUCGACGCGAGAAAUAAGUGGAGUCAAUGUAAAACGAUCGGUCACGUCCGAGACCAAGGAAUGUGCGGCAGCUGUUGGGCAUUGUCGACCACCAGCGCUUUUUCCGACCGCCUAUGCAUAGCCACCGAUGGGAAAUUCAACCAACUGAUUUCCGCGGAAAAAUUGACUUUCUGUUGUUACUUGUGCGGUUUCGGAUGUUAUGGCGGGUAUCCAAUCAUGGCCUGGAGAUACUUCAAAUAUUUUGGCAUUGUCACCGGAGGGGACUACGACAGCAACGAAGGUUGCCAACCAUACAGAGUAGAGCCAUGUGUAGUAGACGACGAAGGACACAACUCUUGCAGAGGACGCCAGAUUGAAAAACGACACAGCUGCAAACGACAGUGUUACGGGAACACCACCAUUGAUUACCGCAACGACCACGUCUACACCCGAAACGCGUACCACCUUACAGCUGAAAUGAUUCAAAAGGACGUGUUGGCUUACGGUCCAGUCGAAGCAUCAUUUUUGGUAUACGAUGACUUUUUGAACUACAAAUCAGGCGUCUACGUGAAGACGGAACACGCUAUUUACAUGGGAGGAGGCCAUUCCGUUAAAUUGAUCGGUUGGGGAGAAGAAGGAGGAGUACCUUAUUGGUUGAUGGUCAACUCGUGGAAUUCCCACUGGGGUGAUAAGGGGACGUUCAAGAUCCGAAGAGGCACCAACGAGUGUGGAAUCGAAGACUCGGUGACAGGCGGUGUGCCCCUUACUCAUUAAAAAAAAAAAAAAUUUUAAUCAUGUUGCCAGAACUCUGUAUUCACAUAAUUUGUUUUGUAUUCCUAAUAUAUGACAACCUCGAAAUAAAAACCUUAUAGUAAUAUAUUUUAAUAUUAGAAAACUGUUGGUUUAAUAUUUGCGAAUGUGGGAAUUUUAUGGC